AUGGCGUUAGACUUUACACGACGUCAGUGGCUGACACUGAUGAUUAUGGGACUGGCCGAUUUUUGCAAUGCGAUCUGUGUGAGCUUACAGGCACCAUUCUUCCCGAACGAGGCUGAAUCGAAAGGUGCGACGGCCACCGAGUACGGGCUCGUGUUUGGCAUCUUCGAGCUGGUGGUAUUCAUCAUCUCACCCAUCUACGGCCAGUACAUCAACCGCAUCGGGCCGAAAGUAUUAUUCAACAGUGGCAUCUUCACCACCGGCACCUCGGCCAUCCUGUUCGGGUUGCUGGAUCGCGUGCCGGGCCACGUGCCCUUCAUAACGCUCGCAUUCGUGAUACGCAUCGUGGAGGCGCUUGGAAAUGCCGCCUUCCUGACCGCUUCGUUUGCCAUCAUUGCCAAAGAGUUCCCGAACAAUGUCGCUACGACGUUCGCAUCGCUGGAGACGUGCUUCGGGCUGGGUUUGAUCGUUGGACCGAUGGUUGGCGGUGCGCUGUACGCCGUCGGUGGCUACUAUUUGCCGUUUGUCGUACUCGGCUCGGCACUGUUUGUGACGGCCAUCUUGACACUGUGCAUUCUGCCGAAGCACCCGAACGAUCAACAACCGAACCGGGAAAAGUCCGCGUCGCUGAUCUCCGUGCUGAAGAUACCCGGUGUGGUCGUCUGUGCGCUUGCCAUCUGUGCCACCAGCGCAUCGAUCGGGUUCCUCAGUGCCACCAUGGAGCCACACCUGCGCCAGUUUGACCUCAGUCCCAUUCUGCUUGGAGUCGUGUUCGUGAUCAACGGAGGAGUGUACGCCUUAACUGCUCCGGUCUGGGGCUGGGGUGUGGACAAGUUCCUCAACCCGAAAGUCGUCUCCGCUGUAGGAUGCUUCCUGGUCGUCGGAGGGUUCUGCAUGGUCGGACCCGCGUCAUUCAUCCCGCUAGAAACGAACCUUUCAUACGUCAUUACCGGACUGGUGCUACACGGACUGGGGAUUGCGGCGGUGCUUGUUUCCAGCUUCACGGACGCUCUAAACAUCUCGAUCAAAAAAGGACUGCCGGACAACAUUGAAACGUACGGGCUCAUAUCUGGCCUAUGGACGUCGACGUUCGCAUUCGGUGCGUUCGUAGGACCGUCCGUCAGUGGGCUGCUGUUUGAUGCAAUUGGUUUCCGUGCUUCGACCGUGUUUAUUAUCGGGCUGCAGCUUGUUGUCGGCAUCAUCACCAUACUGUUCCUCUGCUUCGAGCGAUCGCCAGCGCCGUACAAAGAAAUUUCAUCCGUCGAGUCACUGAUCAAACCGGCCACAACCUCACAGGAUGGUGAUUCGCACAACGAGAGCAGUGUCAGCCGCACCAGCAGUCUGGACAUCACCUACCGGGGUAACAAAUCGGGAUUCUCCGGCAGUCAGAGUUCACUCAUCGGUUCCUGGCGCCCGUCGGUAAACAAUCUGCUAAUCAGCAACAGCUAUCAAAGCAAACAAGGACACUGGGCACGUUCCGUCACGGAGCUAGAGACGAAUACUGGCACACAGUACGGUACACACUACGGCAGCUUUGACGCCCGACCCGGUUAUCACGAUACGAUGGCUUAA